AUGCGGAUCUUAAGCAAGAGUAUCGAUCGAUAUUCAUCAGGUAGUAUAACACUUAUUGCCGAGAAUGAAGAAGACAUGUGGCUUAUCUACAAUCUCGUUCAAAUUGGAGACAGCUUUUGCUGUUCCACAGUGCGCAAGGUUCAGACCGAAUCAUCCACGGGCAGUGUCGCGUCAAAAACCGUUAGAACAACUCUAACCAUAGAAAUUGAGACAAUUGAUUUUGAUACUCAUGGUUCAGUUCUUCAUCUGAAGGGCCGAAAUAUCGUCGAGAACCAAUUCGUGAAACUAGGCGCUUACCACACACUUCAAAUCGGCAUUCAAGACAAAUUCACGGUCUCUAAACAGGAAUGGGAUAGUGUUGCGCUACUUCUAGUCGACCAAGCCGGCGAUCCAACGCAGCAAGCCGACGUUGCCACCGUGAUUAUGCACGAGGGACUGGCGUAUGUCUGCUUAAUCACCAAUUCAACCACUGUUGUUCGCGCCAAAAUCGAGAGUACCAUUCCCCGAAAAAGGCCCAAUUUACCAACUGCGCAGCAUGACAAGGGAGUUACCAAAUUCUUUGAUCAAAUCAUUCAAGCCAUAGAACGUCAUGUCCGCUUUGAUGUGGUGAAGUGCGUCAUCGUGGCUAGUCCGGGCUUCCUCAAGGACCAAUUCUUUGAGUACCUGUGUCAGGUUGCUACGAAGGAAGAAAAACGCGUCUUUUUGGAGAACAAGGGUAAAUUUAUGCUGGUGCAUUCUUCGUCGGGUCACAAGCACGCGCUAAAGGAGAUUCUGGCCGACCCAAUGGUCGUAAGCAAGAUUGUCAAUACCAAGGCGGCGGGUGAAAUCACUGCAUUGAACGAUUUCUACCAAAUGCUCAAGGUCGAUUCGUCUCGUGCCUUCUACGGGCCAGUUCGUCACGAGUCGGCCAAGUCACGUGACUUACUCCUUGCCUUCGUUGUCUACAGAAUUAAGCACGUGGAAACAGCGGUUGCGGCGUUCGCCGUGGAGACCCUUCUCAUCUCAGACGCCCUCUUCCGUUCACGGGACUUGUCGGAGCGCAGGAAGUACGUCUCGCUUGUCGACACCGUUAAGGAAAAUAUGGGCACUGUGCGAAUAUUCUCUAGUCUUCACGUCUCCGGUGAACAAUUGAACCAGUUGUCGGGUAUUGCAGCGAUCCUUCGUUUCCCCAUCCCUGAACCCGAAUCCGACGACGAGGACGCUGAAGGGCUGGAUUUUGAGAUGGAGACUGCUUGA